UUUGAUUUUUGUGAUGUAGGUGGAUCCCAGUGAGAGUGAAACAGUGAACAUCAACUGAGAAAGUGCGCGAGUAGGGAAAGUUUUUCUGGUCUAUGCUCCCUUGUCCAGGAAUUUGGACCCAAUUCAGGGUCGUAACUCAGUGCCAGUCCGUUUCUACGGACUUCAAGAACCCUCUUCUCUCUCUCUUUGCUUGCUCCACCAUAGAGAGGUGAAAGUGCAUUUCAAAUUCGUCAGUGAGGGUGUUGCGUCUGCAUUUUCCUGCAGAUAGUUGGAUGUGCUUCUGUGUUUGAGCAGCCUGGAGAUCUGAGUUCUGUGAAGCUGAGAGAUUGAAGAUGGGUGGAGAUGAUUCUGGUGUGGAGAGUGACAAUUUUGAUUGGAACUCCGAAGAUGAGCGUGAAAUUGAGAACUUUCAGUCUUCUUCAUGUUUAUCUGUUCCUAAUGGAAAUGCUGUUGCUGGGUCUGGCGAGGCAAGUUCAUCUGCAGGUUUAUCUAAUUCCAAGGUACUUGUCCACUUUGUUAGUAUGGGAUUUCCUAGAGAAAUGGUUUCUAAAGUAAUUCAGGAAUAUGGUGAGGAAAAUGAAGAUAAACUACUUGAAGAACUUCUCACAUACUCGGCUUUAGGAAGUUCUCUCCUGCCACAACAGCAAAUUGAGCCUGAUCCCUCUUCUUCAGAGUAUGCUGGGAGCUGUUGGGAUGAUUUCUCAGAUACUGAUACCUUUUCUGAUGACGAAGAAAUUACAAAAACUAUUUCUGAGAAUGGUGAUACCUUACGGUCUUUGGUGAAAAUGGGUUACAAGCAAGAGGAGGCUUUGAUUGCUAUAGAAAGAUUAGGUGCAAAUUCCUCACUUGUAGAAUUGAUAGAUUUUAUUGGUGUUGCUCAAAUGGCAAAAGCAGAAGAUGCCCUUCUACCUCCUGAAGAAAAGCUUCAAUACAAUGACUAUGCUAAAUCCAAUAAAAGAAGAUUUUAUGAUCAUGAAGUGUUGGGAAGGAAAAAGCCUAGGGUGUGUGAGAAGAAAAUCCUCAAUGAAGAUGAUGAGGAAGCGCUACAUCUUCCAAACCCAAUGAUUGGGUUUGGUGUUCCUACUGAGUCAGCCUUCAUAACACACAGAAAGCUUCCAGAAGAUGCCAUUGGGCCGCCUUACUUCUACUAUGAGAAUGUGGCAUUAGCACCCAAAGGUGUUUGGCAAACAAUUUCAAGAUUCUUGUAUGAUGUUCAACCUGAAUUUGUAGAUUCAAAGUAUUUCUGUGCCGCAGCCAGGAAAAGGGGCUAUAUUCACAAUCUCCCCAUCAAAAAUAGAUUCCCGCUUCUACCACUUCCACCGCACACAAUACAUGAGGCCUUUCCCCUCACAAAGAAAUGGUGGCCUUCAUGGGAUACUAGGACCCAGCUUAAUUGUUUGCAAACAUGUAUUGGCAGUGCAAAACUAACAGAUAGAAUUAGAAAAGCUAUAGAAAGCCAUGAUGGAGAGCCUCCUGAGAAUGUCCGAAAGUAUGUUCUUGAUCAAUGUCGGAAAUGGAAUCUGGUUUGGGUGGGAAGAAAUAAGGUUGCUCCACUAGAGCCUGAUGAAGUAGAAACACUGUUGGGCUUCCCUAGGAACCACACCAGGGGAGGUGGAAUAAGUAGGACUGACAGAUAUAAGUCACUUGGCAAUUCAUUCCAGGUUGACACUGUGGCAUACCACCUGUCGGUUCUGAAGGAGAUGUAUCCCAAAGGUAUCAAUCUUCUUUCUCUCUUUUCUGGAAUUGGUGGGGCAGAAGUAGCUCUUCAUCGGCUUGGUAUCCCUCUUAAGAAUGUUGUGUCUGUUGAAAAAUCAGAAGUGAAUAGGAAUAUUGUUAGAAGUUGGUGGGAGCAAACAAAUCAGAAAGGUAAUCUAAUUGAUCUGGAUGAUGUACAGCAACUAGAUGGUGAUCAUUUGGAGCGGCUGAUGAACUCCUUCGGGGGUUUUGAUCUCAUUGUUGGUGGCAGUCCAUGUAAUAACCUGGCUGGCAGCAACAGGGUCAGCCGGGAUGGACUGGAGGGAAAAGAAUCCUCCCUCUUUUAUGAUUACUGUCGCAUUCUAGACUUGGUAAAAAAUAUAAUGACAAAAUAUGGAUGAAUUUCACUAAAACCUCCAUUUCCGUUUCUGUGGUUAAUCCAAACAUUCAGGUUCAUCAUAUAUAACCUGAAACAUUAGAGACGAACUUUUCACCCCAUUUUUGUUGCCAAAGAAAGGCAACGGUUUCAAAUAAAUUUAUCUUAAAACUUCUGAUUUUAGUUUACUGUUUAAACCCAUAACACAUGUUUGUGGGUUCAGUACAUCCGAAGAUUAUAGAUGAAUCUACCAACUGAUCCUUCCGAUGCAGCUUUUUCUAGUGUUACCUUUCUUACAGUCAUGGCUGUGGUUAGCAGCAAUUGCGUUUAUUUUGUUAGUCUCUUGUUGGUUUCUGAACUCAAAAGGGAUCAAUUUUGUGUUGCUUGCUGAGAUGAGAUGCUAGCGCAAAAAAAUUGUAGGAACUUCUUGACUGUUAACUUAUAUGAAAUUCUGUAGCGUGUCUUGCUGUGU